AUAGCUGCAUUGGCUCUAGGCAUUUUUUGUUUGUAGACUUUUUUGUCACGAAAAGUCUCCAAUUUUCACCGUCACUCUCGCAAUUAUUUUGAAGGUGACCUAUCCACUUUAUUCGAGUGUUUGGGAUAGCGUAGAUCGCAUAAUAUAAAGCGGAAAAAUGAAUUCCAAAUUUAACUUAAUUUCUGUUUGCGUUGUCAUUAAUUUAAUUAACAUUUUCAAUGUGUCCACUGUGAAUGCUAAUCUCUUAGACAGCAUUGUCUAUUAUACAGAUAGUGCAAUACAAAGAUAUGGCUUGAGCUAUAAGGAUAUAUUCAAUCUUCACCAUUCCUUUGUCAUUGAACGAUCGAAAUGGAAAGAUGGUCAAAUCAAUUUUAAAAUUGACAAAAAAUUUAACGAUGAUGAAAUCGAUAAAAUAUUGGAAGCGAUGUAUAACAUUGAACUAUUCAGUUGUGUACGGUUUGCUGCUCAUCAUCCAAGCUACGGUCCGGAUUAUGUGAUGAUAACGAAAGAUUAUGUUAAUAGAUUUACAUCUUCAGCUGAACUUGGUUGCGUACACAAGGGAGAACAGGCUUUGUCGCUUAGCAUUGACAUGAUUAAUGACCACCAAACGAUUCUUCACGAAUUAUUUCACACAAUUGGAUUUGGCCAUCAUCAUCAGCGUUCCGACCGAGACAAUUACAUCGAAAUUCACUACGAAAACACAGAUUUGAGUGAAUUGGACAUUUUGAUGAAUUUUGCACCAAAAGUUAGUUUCGAUUCGCGGAUGACGUAUUUGACACCAUUCGACUUCAAUUCUGUCAUGCUGUACAAUGAGGAUGGUUUCAGUGCCAACAAUAAGUCAGUCAUAACUUCUAAAAUUGAAGGGUCAAGAAUACCGUCAUCAGACCGCGAUCGUGGUUUGUCACCAUAUGACGUAAUUUUGUUGAAUCGAUUCUACGACUGUAAUACUGUCGACAAAAGAAAAAGUAAAAUUUUUUAUGAAACCGCCCUGGGUAUCCUAUAUCCAAAGAUCGUCAAUUUUCACGAAAUACAACGAGCUAAAGAUUAUAUCGAGCUGAACGUACCACAAGAUGUUGAACUAACUCAAAUAGUGGAGAAGUCGGACGAUGCCAACAAUCUGGUCACCAACGUCACCGACGAAGCGGAUAAAGAUGAGAAUGAAGAUGAAGAUGAAUUUCGCGACAAUGAAGAGGAUUACAUCGACGAAGAAAGUCAAACUGACGGACGACUGCAAGAUGGGCAGAAUAUAAAUUUGACUAGCAGUGUAGUGGACAGACUGCAUGUUGACAGGCGGAUAGAAGAGAAUUUGGUCGAUGAGAAUGAUACUAUUUUGGCCAAAAAUAAAGAGGAACAACCAAUCAAAUAUCAACACGCAAACCCUGGUACUUCCAGAUUGUCAGAAUAUCGGCCAUACAUACCGCCGUUAUACGGAAAGUUGUGGCGCCACAAGUAGUGACGUCAUUGUAAUCGAAUCGUGAGCCUUAGUAAUAUUUACUAUUUAUAAAAUCUAGAUUUUAAGUUCUGAGUGUUAAGUUAAGUUUUAAAUUUUGUGUGCUGCAAAUUCUUUAAUUUGCGAAUUUUUGGUAUUUUUACAAUAAAAGCAAUAUGUGACGCGAUG